AAGUAGGCUCCUUACACUGGCUGACUCUGCUAUCUACUUCUCUAUAUAAUUUAUUUUUGCCUCAUUUUCAACCAUGAAAGUUCUUCUAUUAAUCGCUCUGCUGGGUGUAUCUGCUGCUGACAGACGACCUUCUAGCAGCUACGUUGCCCCUAGUGGAGGUUUCAGUAACGGAUUCGUUCCCGCAAAUGGAGAUCCAAGCAAUGGUUACGGUGCACCCGCUAGCAACGGGUUUGGAAGUGCCCCAAGAAACGGAUAUGGAGCUCCCCCAAGUACCGGGUACGGUGCCCCAACAGGUGGCUACGGACAAGACGAUGAACUUGCUGCUCUGCUGGAGAGCAUCCCUGGUGGUGGCGUCCCUGGUGAAGACUACCCCAUUUUGGCUUCUCCACCUAACACUGGCUUCUCCUGUGAUGACCAGGCGGUGCAAGGCUAUUACGCUGAUACCGCCUCUGAAGCCGGCUGUCAGGUGUUCCACAUUUGCCAGGACCGCGCCCGCAGACGCCAGCAGGACUCCUUCCUCUGUCCCAACGGUACCAUCUUCAACCAGCAGUACCUGGUGUGUGACUGGUGGUUCAACGUGGACUGUUCUGAGGCUGAGAACUUCUACUCCGUCAAUGAGCUCAUCGGCGUCGUCCCCAACGGCGGCUAUGGAUAUGGUCCAACCACCAACGGUAAUGGCAACAGUUACGGGUCCAAUGGUAACGGAAAUGGAGGGAAUGGUAAUGGAAACGGUUAUGGAUCCAACGGUAAUGGAAUCGGAAGGAAGAAUGGUAACAAUGGCUACGGAUCCAAUGGGAACAGAAGGAACGGAAAUGGUGCCAGCAAUGGCUAUAGACCCAACGGUAACAGUGGGAAUGGUAAUGGUGCCAGCAACGGUUAUGGACCUCCAGUUCCUCCACCUACUUCCUAUGGAACUCCAUUUUAAUUGGUUUAUAUCUUGACACUUGUCAUCUCUCACUUGACUGUCUUUCUGGUACAAUGAUUCCCGCAUCCACUCAACCAUGAUCGAAGAGUUUACUGGACUCUUACCUUUUGUAUAUAAUUGCAGCACUUAUUCAUGUUCUUAUUGUAUGUAUGAACUUAUAGUUCUUAUAUUUUAUAUAUUAAAAAUCCAAUUGAAUGUUU